CGGCUCUACGUGCGUGCCCUCGUAGGGGAGCAGACACUGCACUGUGCGAUCGAGAAGCCGGCCUCGGUGUUGGUUAGAGGAUAAGGAGGCUCUCUGACCAGCUGCCUCUCCAUGUUCCCAGUGUGUGUUGCAGGGUGAUUCAGGAUGGUGGACCAGCCUCUUUGGGAGCAGAUAGGAUCCAGCUUUGUGCAGCACUACUACCAGAUGUUUGACUCUGACAGAUCGCAACUCGGAUCCAUAUAUAUUGAUGCAUCAUGCCUCACAUGGGAAGGACAGCAGUUCCAAGGAAAAAGAGCGAUUGUUGAAAAGCUCACUGGUCUACCCUUCACAAAAAUAGCGCAUAGUAUAACAGCGCAGGACCACCAGCCAACUCCAGACUGCUGCAUCUUGAGUAUGGUUGUAGGACAGCUAAAAGCAGAUGACGACCCCAUCAUGGGUUUCCACCAGAGUUUCAUCCUGAAGAACAUUAACGACGCGUGGGUGUGCACCAAUGACAUGUUCAGGCUGGCCAUUCACAACUUUGGAUAACUCCCCCUUCUCCACUCUGGUGGGCAGGGGCGGCCAUAGUGAAGGGCAUCACGUGAUGAAGUACGGAGGGAGGGGAAGGGAGAGAGAAAGAGGGAACACUCGUCCCUCCCUCCUGCUCUCUCAUUUACGCCUGCUUGACUAAACAAGCAAACACCGGAUUCUAGAUGUCAAUCACUGAACCUCAUCCAGGUGGUUUCUUUUUCAGACCACCACAGCCAGUAGAACUGCGACGCGUUUCUUUGCUCAGAGCCGGCGAACCAAUCAGAUGCCCCUGUCUGCCACUCCGCUGAUCUGCAUGGCCCUGGGAGCACCCCCCCCCCCUCCAUUACAAUAUCCACCCUCAAACAGAUGACCUCCCUGCUCUCCACCCUUCUUUACUAAAUCCUUACCAACUCUACUGUUGACUGCACUCAGUUCUGCUAGCACUGUCAUUGACCGGGUUGGAAAUCCGUGUUCAGGUUCAUCAGUUCUUGUGUUUUAAGUUGUUUUUAGAUCCUACUUGUAUGUUGCCUCAUUGUGUUUAACUUCCAAUUAUUAACUUUGCCAUGAGUCGCUGUCAUGCCAGGUUUUGCUCUUGCAAACCAAAGAAACAUGGAGGACAUAAAGUCUCACCAUGCUGUGUGAUUGGCUCCUGCAUUUCCCCUCUUUUUCUCCAUCUCUCUUGCUCUCUCUGUCUCUCACACGUCUGGCAUUUAACAUGGACAACAGCCGCCAUAGACAAUAAAACCUGGACUUUUUUCUUAA